AUGGACUGCCAGAAGAGCAUGUCGCACAUAGUGUUGCCCAUUUUUUACAAAGUGCUCCCAUCGGAUGUGCGGUAUCUAAAUGGAAAUUUUGGGGAGGCCUUCCGUUUGCGUAAGAAGCGUUUUGAUAAGGAGGACAUUCAGGAAGGUCAACGAGCCCUUACAGAAGUGAGUAACUUGAGUGGAUGGGAAUCUGAGAAAUUUGCCAAUGGGCAGGAAGGAAAAUUAGUGGAAGAAGUUACCAAAACGAUUCUAACCAAGUUGAGACAUCAAUCUCAGCUUGAUGUUCCGAAGCACCUAGUUGGAGUUGAUGAUCAUGUCAACAAAAUUAGGAAUUGGGUAGACAUUCCCACCAGUCAUGCUCGAAUGAUAGGAAUAUAUGGCAUGGGUGGGAUUGGUAAAACGACUCUUGCCAAGGUCAUCUAUAACGCUCUAUCGGAUAUCUUUGUGGAUUGUAGUUUCCUUCCAGAUAUACGGGAAACAGCUAACAACAGUGGUAUUCCUUAUCUACAAAAUAUGCUAAUUAAGGAAAUACUGCAAAUUGAAAAUGCUAUUGGAAGUAUCAUUAUUAUUACAACUAGAUACAAAUAUGUACUUGAUCAGUCUGAGUUCGAGGUGGACUACAAGUAUGAAUUGAAAGAAUUAGAUGAGGUGCAUUCUUUGCUUUUAUUUAAAAGACAUGCAUUUCGCAUGGGCCAUUGUCCGGAGGAUUUUGAGGGAAUCUCUUAUGAAAUCUUAUCUACCAUGGGUGGGCUUCCCCUAGCUAUCAAGGUCAUAGGUUCAUACUUAUAUGGAAAAGUAGAUAAAAAGGUAUGGCAAGAUAUAUUGGAGAAAUUAAGAACCGAAUCGGAUAGAGAUGUCCAAAAGACAUUGAAGAUAAGUUAUGAUGCAUUGGAACCUACACAAAGGGAGAUUUUUCUGGAUAUUGCUUGCUUUUUAAUCGGCGAAAAUAGCAAAUAUGCCUUGUACAUGUGGGAGGAUUGUAAGCUUUUUCCAUCUCUUGGAAUUGAAGAGUUGAAGCUGAGGUGCUUGAUAAAAAUUGGAGAUUGUGAUGAGUUUAGGAUGCAUGACCAAUUGAGAGAUCUUGGAAGGAGCAUCUUUUGCCAAGGACAGCUGCCCGAGAGAUGUCUGAAGCCAUGGUUCGAAGAUAAAGCCUUGAGAAGUAAUAUGCAAAUGGAGGUAACAGAAGAUAAAGCCUUGAGAAGUAAUAUCCAAGUGGAGGCAACAGAAUGUAAAGGCUUCAGACGUAAUAUGCAAACGGAGGUCAAUUCCUUGCUUCCCAGGUUGCUAGAGCUUUCUUACCUAUUCCACUUGGAAGAACUUCAUUUGUAUGGAUAUGAUCAACUUGAGUACUUCCCAGAGCUCACUUCAAGACUCUUGAAACUUUGUGUUGACUCCUGUCCUAAGUUGAUAUUGCUUGAGCUUGAUGGAUUGAAGUACUUGGAAGAGUUGUCAAUAAAACACUAUAAUUCCAUUGAAAGAAUGGACCUCUCACAAUCGAAUCUUCUGAAGGGAUUGGACAUUGAGGGUUGUGAUAAUCUAGUUGAAAUUUAG